CCCGACAUUAACCAACACAACACCCCGCGCCAACGCACGAGACAUUCGUGACCACUCCUUUUCCCCUUCUGAUCCCUUUCAACCCCCAUCUCCUUUCCUCCACGCACCCUCGACUGGCCCACCAUGACGCCCGACGAGCUUCAAGCCUUGCCGACGAUUCUCGCGGGGGAUUUCAGGUCCAUUGAACCGCACCUUCGCGCCCUCGACAAACACUUGACCUUGCGAACGUACAUUGAGGGCUACAAGCUGAGCGAGCUUGAAACGAAGAUUUGGCAGACCCUUAAGACGAACAAGGCUACCGUCGGAAUCCUGCGGAAGGGUACUCUUGCCAACCUGACCAGAUGGUUCAAUUUCAUCGAACAAACACAUCCCGAGAUUCAGGCUGAAAUCCAAGCCGCCGAAGCUGCCAGGAAGGCAAAGAUCGUGGCGGGCAGCAAGGCAGGUGGAAACUUCGAUCUCGCGCUUCAGAAUGUCGAUCAGGGCGUUGUUACCCGGUUCCUGCCCGAGCCGUCCGGUUAUCUUCACAUCGGCCACGCCAAGGCUGCUCUAUUAAGCGAUUACUUCGCCCACGAGGCCUACAAGGGCCAACUUCGCCUCCGUCUCGAUGACACCAAUCCCUCGAAGGAGAAGGAAGAGUUCCAAGACUCCAUCGUCGAGGAUCUGCAUCUCAUGGGCAUCACACACGACACCCUGACCUAUACGUCCGACUACUUCCAGUACCUAUACGAUAUGUGUAAGCGCCUCAUCUCCGAAGGGCGCGCUUACGCCGAUGAUACCGACCAGGAGACCAUGAGAGCCGAGCGUAUGGACGGCAUUGAAUCGAAGCGCCGGAAGCGAACUGUCGAGGAAAACCUGCGUAUCUUCGAGGAGAUGACCAAGGGCUCCGAGGAAGGGCUCAAGAACUGCAUCCGCGCCAAGGUGUCCGUAGACGAUCCCAACAAGGCCCUGCGGGACCCCGUCAUCUACCGCUGCAACGUCGACGACGCGCAUCACCGGACGGGCACCACCUGGAAGGUAUACCCCACCUACGACCUCGCCUGCCCGCUGGUCGACUCACUGGAGGGCGUGACCCACGCCCUUCGCUCUACCGAGUACACGGAUCGCAACCCGCUGUACCAGUGGUUCAUCGACACGCUGAAGAUUCGCAAAGUCUACAUGUGGGAUUUCUCCCGUAUCAACUUCGUCCGCACGUUCCUCUCCAAGCGGAAACUGGCUUCCCUCGUGGACGCGGGCAAGGUGUCUGGCUGGGACGACCCGAGGUUCCCCACGAUCCGCGGUAUCCGUCGUCGUGGCCUGACCAUCCCGGCCCUCCGCGAGUUUAUCAUCAAGCAGGGACCCAGCCGCAACGUCGUGAACAUGGACUGGGCUGGCCUCUGGGCGCUGAACAAGAAGGUCAUCGACCCGAUCGCGCCGCGUCACACCGCCAUCGCCGAGAAGGACAGGGUCAAGGUGACCCUCACGGGCGCCGACGUGCCGGAGGCCCCGCGGACCGAGGAGCGUCCCAAGCACCCCAAGAACGCCGAGGUCGGGAAGAAGAACGUGGUGUUCUCCGACGAGAUCUGGCUGGACCAGGCGGACGCCAAGACGUUCACGAAGGACGAGGAGAUCACGGCCAUGUCGUGGGGCAACGUCAUCAUCCGGGAGAUCACGGGCAGCGACCCGGUCGCCGGCAUCACGGCCGAGCUGAACCUGAAGGGCGACUUCAAGAGCACCAAGAAGAAGGUGACGUGGCUGUCGGCGAAGGGCACCAAGCUCAUACCGGCCGAGCUCUGGGACUUUGACUACCUCCUGACGAAGGACAAGCUGGAGGAGGACGACAAGUUGGAGGAUUUCCUCAACCCCAACACCGCGUGGAGUGAGAACGCCUGGUGCGAUGAGGGGACUGCGCAGCUGAAGAAGGACGACAUUAUUCAGCUCGAGAGGCGGGGAUUCUACCGCGUUGACAAGAGCCUAAACGAGGGUGAUAAGCUUGUCUUGUUUGCCAUCCCAACUGGCAAGAAAUAAGGGAGACGACGCUUUGGGUGCUGGGAAGAGAGGGGGGGGGGAGGGCAAGACUCCGGGAUCACAGAAAUGAUUCCCGAGUGCUAAACCGAAGAGUCACAUAUGUAGGGUCUGUUGAUACCGUAUAAGAGAACAUGUUCAUAUAUCGCGUCUCAACAAUGCUUCCGAGUUCCGGGAAUGCUCCGUUGCAAGGCGUGUCAAACCCUGCGAAGCUAACUCCCAACCACUUCUGUACGUUGGGACGUCUUUCCAUUAUAGCGAUCUACACUCUCGUUAUCGGUCUUCCUUCGUUGGCGAAGGAUCUCUCCUGUCAGUACCGAGUUUGUCUUCUCGUCCAUGACUUCCAGUACAUCCCCAUCCCCCAUUCAUCCUUCGAAACGAAGCCAACUGAGAAUUCCAUGUUGGUCGUACCGUCGACAGGAACACACCCACUUGCCGCGGCGGG